CUGCUUUGUGGGCCCAGGUUUGGCUCAUCUGUCGCUCAGCCUUUCAGGCCCCCGCCUUUCCUGUCAUUUAGCGGGCGCAGCCCCCGCCUGUCCAGUCCGGAGUCGCCCGACUCCUCUCCGCCACUCACCCUGCCCCUCCUGUCACAGCGCCAGACCCAUCCCGGCUGUUGUAGUCCGGCCCUUUCACGUCACUCAGCGCGGGGCCCCUUCCCCUGGCUGGUGAAGAAGACGUGAGGCCCUCUCCUUGGCUGGUCUCGCCAUGGCGGCGGUGGUCCUGGUGCGGAGGGGAUGGCGGCUGCUGCUGGUGGUGAGUGCCGCGGGGCUCGCAGCCCUGGGAUCCCCGCAGCCCCCUAACAUCCUGCUGCUGCUGAUGGACGACAUGGGGUGGGGUGACCUGGGAGUGUACGGAGAGCCUUCCAGAGAGACCCCGAACCUGGACCGCAUGGCUGCAGAGGGGAUGCUGUUCCCCAACUUCUACUCUGCCAACCCCCUGUGCUCACCAUCUAGGGCAGCCCUGCUCACUGGACGGCUGCCCAUCCGCAAUGGCUUCUACACCACCAAUGCUCAUGCCAGGAAUGCAUACACCCCCCAGGAGAUAGUGGGCGGCAUCCCCGACUCCGAGCGCCUCCUGCCCACACUCCUGAAGGAGGCUGGCUACGCCACCAAGAUCGUGGGCAAGUGGCACCUGGGUCACAGGCCCCAGUUCCACCCCCUGAAGCACGGAUUUGAUGAGUGGUUUGGAUCUCCCAACUGUCACUUUGGACCUUAUGACAACAAGGCCAAGCCCAACAUCCCUGUGUACAAGGACUGGGAGAUGGUUGGCAGAUUUUAUGAAGAAUUCCCGAUCAAUGUGAAGACUGGGGAAUCCAACCUCACCCAGAUCUACUUAGAGGAAGCCCUGGACUUCAUCAGGCGGCAGCAGGCGAUGCAGCGCCCAUUCUUCCUGUAUUGGGCAGUGGAUGCCACACACGCUCCUGUGUAUGCCUCCCAGCCUUUCCUGGGCAGCAGCCAGCGUGGGCGGUAUGGGGAUGCGGUUCGGGAGAUUGAUGACAGUGUUGGGAAGAUGCUGAGCCUGCUGCGGACCCUGAGCAUUGCUGAAAGCACCUUCAUCUUCUUCACCUCUGACAAUGGUGCCGCCCUUGUGUCUGCCCCCAGCCAAGGUGGCAGCAAUGGCCCCUUCCUGUGCGGGAAGCAGACCACCUUUGAAGGUGGGAUGAGGGAGCCUGCAAUUGCGUGGUGGCCUGGGCACAUCCCUGCUGGCCAGGUGAGCCACCAGCUAGGCAGCAUCAUGGACCUUUUCACCACCAGCCUGGUCCUUGCGGGCUUGACGCCCCCCAGCGACAGGGUGAUCGACGGCCUCAACCUGCUCCCUGCCAUGCUGCAGGGCCAGCUGAGGGACAGGCCCAUAUUCUAUUACCGUGGGAACACGCUGAUGGCUGUCACCCUCGGCCAGUACAAGGCCCACUUCUGGACCUGGACCAACUCCUGGGAGGAGUUCAGCCAGGGUAUCGACUUCUGCCCUGGGCAGGACAUCUCAGGAGUCACCACACACACCCAGAAGGAGCACACUACACUGCCACUGCUCUUCCACCUGGGGCGUGACCCCGGGGAGAGGUUCCCACUCAGCUUUGCCAGCACUGAGUACGAGGGUGCACUCAGCAGGAUCACCCUGGUUGUCCAGCAGCACCAGGACAGCUUGGUCCCCGGACAGCCGCAGCUCAACGUGUGUGACCAGGCAGUCAUGAACUGGGCACCCCCAGGCUGUGAGAAACUUGGCAAGUGUCUGCCGCCUGCAGAGUCCGUCCUGGAGAAGUGUUCCUGGCCUCAUUAGCAUGUGCUUGGACCCAGGUCAGGCCCAGGAUCUCCCUGCUAGCGCCUGAGCGAAGGAAGCAUCCCAGGCAGAGGGCACCUGCGACCAGCAGCAGCACCUGCCCACUACCCCUAGCCCAGUUCUCUGUUCCAUGCCCUGGAGGGCUCCGGCUGCUGCUUCAACCCGAAUGUUGAAGUUGCCGGUUCUGUGCUGAGCCCACGAUGUUGUGGGCCUAGUGGAUGGAACAUCGCAGAGACUGAAGGACAAGAGCCUGGCACACGCACCUGGCUGCCCGGAGCACGUGGGAGGAAGUGUUCAUCUGCCAGGGCUGUCAUGCCCACGCUGGGCUGCUGCACAAGUUGGGAAAUAACAGAAAAAUAAAAGAAUGAGCGGCAUCUCCGUUCUGUAGCUGUGGUUUUUUAAGCAGGGCGUGGUGC